AACCGACGAAAUCAACGUCACCCUGUGUCAAAUUUUUCUUGGUCUUUUAUUCGAUUUUCUGGAAUAGUGAGGAAACUCUCGGAGAAAAUCCAACAAGCGCAAUGGCCAAGAGCAAAACGGAGAAGAGAACCAAGUCUGCCAUCAAUGAGGUGGUGACACGUGAAUGCACAAUCCACUUGUCCAAGAGGAUUCACAAUAUCGGCUUCAAGAAGCGUGCCCCGCGAGCCAUUAAGGAGAUCCGGAAGUUUGCUGAGCACGAAAUGGGCACCAAGGAUGUGCGUAUUGACACUCGUCUCAACAAGCACAUCUGGUCAAAGGGAAUCAGGAGCGUUCCAGUUCGAGUUCGUGUCCGUCUCGCCCGUCGCCGCAAUGAUGAUGAGGACUCCCCCAACAAGCUGUUCACCCUCGUGACCUACGUUCCCGUGCCCUCCUUCAAGGGUCUCCAGACGGAAAAUGUUGAGUCCAGCGACGAUUAGAGUGUAGAUUUAAAUACACUGGUGAAAACAUA